AUUCAUGUGAACGUUUAAUCAGACGUGGCAUCAUCAGGCAUGUGCUUUGAAUUUCCGCAGCUUGCCCCGUCGGGAUUAAGCGCGAGCGCCAACGCGCGCUGAACUUCGCGAUAUAAACUUUCCGUGUCCUUCCCUCUUAACUACCACAUAUUCACCUAAACUGACAUUGCACAUUGCCAGAUCCCCUCUGACAGUGACCUUGUCGAGCCAACGUCCACACUCUUUUCGAAUCAACGCUCAUUACACUUAUAUUUCGUCAGUUAAAUAUUGGAUAUGUUUACGCCUCCCCCGUCACCUCUCCCAUUCAAAAGUUCUGAAUUGCUCAAGCUGGAAAUGACUAACGAUACCCCCACACACGCUAACCCGUCUGCGUUCCCCACAUGCUCAUACCACUCCAAGCAAAAAUAUACCCUUACUCUUCGCUGGACGAUCAUAUUGGUACCAAUAACUCUCAUCGCAAUUGGCGUGUCCACACGAUUAUUUAUUCAUCCAAUGGCGUUCGAUGCCUUUUCGCCAACCCCAACCUACGGGUGGAAAUCGUGGACCAAAAGCUUGACCGAUUGGUCACUGCAUGAGAAGCACAAACCUAUCGAGAACCUCCUACAACUCGCAGUAGUAUCUGACACAAGCACCUCGCCCUUCAUCAAGAGGAGCACACUUCCGGCCACCCCCACACCCACACCCACUGUUCCAGUAAAUCCAACUUUGCCAACUCCGUUUCCCCAGCCCUAUGACACGACUUUGUCGUCACAUUUCUCGACCACAUCCUGCUACAAUUUCUUCCUUAAUAUGACACAAACAGACGCUUUACGAUCCUGCCGACCCUUCUCACUCUUGCUCACUCAUUCCCAAGCAUUUAUACAGGAACAAGAUGAUAUAAAUGCAACGAAUACGGACAUUUGGGGAACCUGCAACACUAACAUCUCCUCAAAUCAGUGUGACCUGAACAUGGCAUGGUUUGCAUCAUCACUGCGUUCUUCAUGUGAUACCGAUUUGAGUGAGCAAAACGCCAUGGCAGUCAGUGCAUUAACAGGUCUUCAAGCGUUUGACUUGAUGCGGCAAGCAGCGUGUUCUGUGGAUCCCGUGGCAAAUGCAUAUUGUUAUAUCGAAGCUGUGGCAAGCUCUGAUCCUUCCAGCUAUUAUUUCUAUCAGCUACCCCUCGGACUUGCAGUGCCACAAAUCACCAGUGGGGCAUGUAACUCCUGCACCAGGAGUCUCAUGACAAUGUAUUCGACUGCUCUGAGCAGUACAAACGCCACCAGCUUGGCAGGAUUGCAGGCUACGUACGGUGACGCAGCAACCAAACUGAACAAUGUGUGUGGGUCGCCUUACGCUCAAAGUUCAACCGUGGCAUCCUCGUCAGCGCCGCCGGGUGUCGAGUUGACCAGCGUGGGAGGGACCUGGGCUGUGCUGUUGGCUGUGGGUUUGCUAUCAACUUCAAUUUCGUCAUAGGGUCGAUUUGUUGGGACAAUUUGUUGGUUGAUCGCGUUUCAUCAUUUUUUGGGGCUAUUUAGUUUUUGUUUUAUAUGCGGAUCUGCUCACAUAGGUGUGCGGGCUACCACUCUGGACUUGUGUUCAUUCUUACUACAUUCACAGCAUCAAUCAGUAUCCUGUUUUUAU